AUGGCCAGCCCGCGCCCCCUGUCCGCCGUCCUGCCGCCUCUGAUCCUCGGCACGGCAACCUUCAACUACCAAUACGUCUCCGACCCCUCGCAGAUGCCCUCUGUCGAAAUCGUCUCCCGCGCCCUCUCCCUCGGCAUCACGGCCUUCGACACCUCUCCCUACUACGGGCCCUCCGAAUCCAUCCUCGGCGCCGCCCUGCGCACCCUCUCCCCGCCGCGCGAGUCCUACUUCCUCGUCACGAAAGCAGGCCGCAUCGCGCCCGCCGAGUUCGACUACUCCCCCUCCUGGAUCCGCGCCUCCGUCCUGCGCAGCCUCGAGCGCCUCAACACGUCCUACCUCGACCUCGUCUACACCCACGACGCAGAGUUCGUCUCUCCCGACGAAGUCGUCGCCGCCGUCCGCGAACUGCGCCGCCUGCGCGACGAGGGCCUCGUCCGCUACGUCGGCAUCUGCGGCUACCCCGUCCCCGUCCUCUGCGAGCUCGCCGAGAAGAUCCUCCGCGAGACGGGCGAGCCCGUGGACGCCGUGCAGUCCUUUUCGCACUUUUGCGUGCAGAACAACACCCUGGGCUCCGACGCGAUCCUCGCCCGCUUCAAGGAUGCCGGCGUCAACGUCGUCACGAACGCGAGUAUGCUGAGCAUGGGUCUGUUGACCACGCGCGGCGUCGACGACGGGCCCAUGGCCAGCUGGCAUCCUGCCCCGGGCCCUUUGCGCAAGCUGUGCAAGAGCCUGGUCGCCUUUGCCGAGGGCGCUGGCGAAAAGAUGGAGGACGUCGCGUUGUACUGGGCCAUGGCCAACUGGGCUCGCGUAGGCGGUGCCUUUGGCACCGAGUUCCUGCCGCCCACUUUUGCUGGGCCUGUCAAGGUCGGCGUGAGCGUCAUGGGUGUCACGUCUGUCACGGAGCUGGAGGAAACGUGGGCCGACUUCCAAGCUGUGCUCCGCGAUCUCUCGGGCACCCAGGCCGAAGGUGAAAAGAAAGAGUACCGGGGCGCGAUGGUAAGUCGCUAUGAGAAGAUCCAGCGCUUGGUAACGGAACACAUGUGGCCUGCUCUGGGAGAGUGGCGCAACUACAGCUGGGCCAGCCCUGACGAGGGCUUCGUGAACCAACGGGCUCAGCCCCCAGUUGACGCAACUCUUCCCGCCGCAGAGCCGCAUCUGUAG